AUGCGUUCCCGGUCUUCCGAUCAUGCUCAUACCUGCAUAUUCAUUUUGUUUUAUACUAAUCAGUUUAGACCCAUUGCAAACAUAGCUGAUUUUCUCAGUAAAGAAGUUCUUAUGAGCUACGUGGAGGGCCUAGAUCCAGAAUCUCCUCGGCUGCAACGUCUUAUAGAACAUUUACCAGCUGAUCAACCUCGUAACAAGCACGCUUUAAUUGAGUGCUUGAGAGGGCCCUAUUAUUACCAAGCAACCGAUAACCUGUCGCGAAUUCUUCUUGAAGGGGUUGAAGCAGACCUGGCGGUUUCAAAUGGGUUUGGUUUCGAGUUCUCUGGUGAAGGUGUGUUGGGUUUCAUUAAAGGCGCAAGGAAGAAAGGCCAGGAAGAUCGCAACGAUCUUGAAUAG